CAUGGCGGCGCCUAUGAGGCAGCUGGUCCGGAGUGUGAUCCGCCUUUCCCACAGAAAUGUAAACGUUACUGCUGCUGGAGUCUCAGGUCGGUCGGGAUGUUGUUGGGGGACGCCGUCUUGUCGUUGUUUUAGCGAUGACAGAAGUACGCAUUUUGGCUUCGAAACGGUACCAGAGGAAGAGAAAGCGAAGAGAGUGUAUAAGGUGUUUGAGAAUGUGGCCCAGAAGUAUGACGUUAUGAAUGAUGCCAUGAGUCUUGGGAUUCAUCGACUGUGGAAGGACACGCUGUUGCACGUCAUGCACCCACAGCCUGGCGCACGGCUCCUGGAUGUGGCGGGUGGCACAGGUGACAUUGCCUUUCGUUUCCUGGAGUAUGUUCGUUCUCAGCAAGAGCGGCAAAAGCGCCGAGCAACGCGGUCCAUGCAGACACCGUCGUGGCAAGACAUUUCCAACAACUACUCCACAGAGGAUGAGGAGGGUCCUCAGGAGUCCAGGGCUGUUGUCUGUGACAUAAACAAGGAGAUGCUGAAAGUGGGCAAGCAGAAAGCCGACAGCAUGGGCAUCAGUUCCGGUCUGUCGUGGGUGGUGGGGGAUGCAGAGGAACUGCCCUUUGAUGACGACCAGUUUGAUAUUUACACCAUCGCCUUCGGCAUUCGCAACGUCACUCAUAUAGAUCAGGCACUUCAAGAGGCUCUGCGGGUCCUGAAGCCCGGUGGCAGGUUCAUGUGUUUAGAGUUCAGCAAAGUGACAAAUCCUCUAUUGGCAAGGCUUUAUGAUGCAUACAGUUUCCAGAUGAUCCCAGUUUUGGGAGAGGUGAUUGCUGGAGACUGGAAAUCUUACCAGUAUCUGGUGGAGAGUAUCCGCAAGUUCCCUGACCAGGAGGAAUUCAAACAUAUGAUCGAAGACGCAGGUUUCUACUGUGUACAGUACCUCAACUUCACGGGCGGAGUUGUGGCUCUUCACUCUGGUUUCAAGCUGUGAGAUGCACUCUGAACACCUUCAAGCAAAAUCAAAGAAGCAAAAGGACUGGCUCUGUGUUUCAGGCUUUUCUCUCUGUGUGACGGACUGUCUGCUGACUUCUCAGACAUAUAGCGCAAAGCAUGAAGCCCCAGAGAUCCUCUCUGCAGGUGCCACUGCACAAUGAGAGAAAAUCAGGUCAGUGGACAUAUUUAUUAUAGUAUGUAAUUCUGUUUGUGAAAACUGUACUCAACGUUUUCGCUGUAUCAGCAGUUAAGAAUGGCAAUGAUAAUAAAACCUGCAAAAGUUGAUCUCAGUAUUUGUGUGAACUAUUCCCAAAGCUGCAAAAAGCAAACUAGUUAUUAGUACUCAUGAUAAAACUAUUACUACAACCAGUAAUAACUACAAACUUUUGGAAAGAAUUAAGUGAACACAUCAAUGUGGAAUGCAAAUAAUGGAAAGAACACAAUAACGUGAGUUACUUGAAUAAAACU